AUGACAACCGCCACUUUCAUCAUAUACCGCGAGACCCUUGCAGAUAUGCCUGUAACGCUUGGCGUUGCCUGGCGGCCCGCCGAGAACUGGACUGGGGUUCCAGCGACCACCCGAGGCGAUAUCCUUAGGGCUGUCAACAUGAAGCACUACCUGCACCGCUACAAGAGUAUAUUGCAGACAUCGAUUGGCAUGCCUGAUUAUCUUAUCACGGGCUCCCCAAACGGUCUCGUACACGCGGCGCUCGCGGCCUACAAGACACGCCAUCACCUCACCAUUCGUCCCGAGGACGUGUGGUUUAGCAUUCUAUCGCAGCUUAGUUUUUACAUCAACAUUCACGCAGCAGAGCUUCUCGGUGUUUUUGUCAGUAACGAGGGUAUAAAGCAGCUCGCUAUCGAAGUGACCCGCGACAACCGGAGCCGCAACGAUGGCCCUCGUAAGAGCAACGCCUCUACUCGGCAGAUUGCCGGCGUGCUGGGCGACCAUAUCAAGGACCCGGCGCUGCGCGAAUGGGUGAUGCCGUCCUUUUCCACGACAACGAUCGUGGACCGUGCCGUUGCCGCGGCGUUAUUCAUCGGCGCUAUGCAGACUGAGAAAUGCCCUACAAGCCGGAUGUCUGGCGGCGCUCUGCCCUCGGUCACGCUGCUUGGCGAGGCGGCAGAUUACUGGAUCAUACUGCAGCGCCUCGACAUGCUUGAGCGGCUCCGUGGCUGCGAGCCGCACGAUAUGGCGCAACUCCUGCGACCGGUGCUGAGGCACAUGAUUGCCACGUUUGAGACAGGCGUGACGCCGCGCACCGUAUCGUUUUGGAACAACAUGAUUCAAAAGUGGAAGCCGGACGGCAACAAGACGUUUCUCUCCGGCUGGAUCACGGCAUUUUGCUAUUGGUCGGCCGAGGGUGUGUCCAACAUAACCUUCAACAUGAAACAGAGGGGCGGCGCAUUUGUUCUGGAUGGUGUGGCUUACCCUUGCUUGGACAGUGAGGACAUUCCACCCAGCUCGGCGGCCGUGCCCGUCGUGGUUGAUAUUGGCGAUGAGCGGCUUGACUGCACGCUGCUGGCAGCCUCGGCGGCGAUUUACGCCACGGAUGCAACGCCCGAGCAGGUGGCCGCCUCGCCGAAUCAAGGGGUGCUGAAAAGAAGAGGGAGAACAGCCAUCCAGCCCGUGUCUGGCUGGUUCCUCUGCGAAAACAAAUAUCGAAAAAGAUCCUCAAUACACCAGAUCUUGCAUGGGAAUCGUCUGUAG